AUGAUGCGCUUACAGGCCCGUCGGAUCGUGUUCGUCGCCAUUAUCCUCAGUACGAUAAUUGCAUAUAUUUUGUACACCAAAACCAAAUAUAUCACGUGGCCAAAAUAUCCUAAAGAAAACCCUCCAAAUGCCGGAACUAUCUUUGAACCUCCACAGGUUUCAUCUCCUGAUACAAAUUCCAACUCAAAAAUACCCGAUUCAAGUUUGUCAAUUCCAAUAUCAAAUGAUGAGGCCAAAACAUCAUCAACCGAGGAGACUCUUCUGAAGGAAAACGGAUACAAGAAACCUGAUGAAAAGAAACCAGAUACCGAUUGGGACGCAAAACUCCUUUCCGAUGCGACCGCAACACCCGAACCGAUUGUACCAGCACUUACAUGUCCAUCUUACGAGGAAAUUCAACGGAAGAAACAAGAACCAUUAUCUGAGGGACAUAGGAAAUUUCCUUAUUCCCGUCCUACGUCAGAAUGUCGAACGUUCAAUCUACCUUCAUUGGAGAAGCUCAUUGAGGAAAUGAAAACAAUCAUCAAGGACCCUGAUCUCUUCCGACUUUUUGAGAAUAGUUAUCCAAAUACCUUGGAUACCACAAUCAAAUGGCGGGGAUACGCAAACAAGAUUGAUCCAAUUACACAAAACGAGACAAUCACAGAUGAAGAACUCACAUUCGUUAUCACUGGUGAUAUCGAUGCAAUGUGGUUACGUGAUUCAGCAUCUCAAAUAUAUUCAUAUCUUCCAUUACUCGAAGCAUCCGAUAAUCGAGAUUCUCUUGCGAGUCUCUGGCGUGGACUCAUAAAUUUGCACGCACGAUAUAUUAUCAUUUCACCCUACUGUCACAGUUUCCAACCACCACCCGAGUCUGGUCUCCAAAUCCAACACAACGGAGCAUUUCUUCAAAAUAAGCCCAUUCCACCUUAUGAUCCCAAGAAAGUCUUCGACUGUAAAUGGGAACUGGAUUCCUUAGCUUCCUUCCUUCAGGUUUCAUCAGCUUAUUAUCAACGCACCAACGAUCUAUCCUUCUUCCAAAAAUAUUCUUGGAUCGAUGCUGUAUCCGCAGCUGUAGAUGCUGCGGGUGCAAUGAGACUCGGUACCUAUUCUCCUGAAGGCAAAGUUCAAAAGUCCGCAUGGUCAUUCACAGGCUGGACAAAUCGCGGCAGCGAAACAUUAACCAACGACGGUUUGGGUAAUCCCACUAAACAAAACGGAAUGGUCAGAAGUGCAUUUCGUCCUUCGGACGAUGCAUGCAUAUAUCAAUUACUUGUUCCCGCAAACAUGAUGUGGGCCAAAUAUCUCGAAGAAGCAUCCCUCAUCAUGGACAAGUUAGACGGUGAAAAAGCCGCCAAUCUCACCAAAUACAUGCGAGAGCAGGCCUUCGGAAUAAGAAAAGCUAUAGAUCACGACGCCAUAACCCAUCAUCGACAAUUUGGCGACAUGUACGCCUAUGAAAUCGACGGAUACGGUGGGCAAAAUCUCAUGGAUGAUGCUAAUGUCCCAUCACUAUUAGCCAUUCCCCUCUGGGACUACGCCAACUCUUCAUUCCCGCUCCCGGAAUUAUUCGAAGGAGACGGCCAACAAGGCGGUAAAAAAACAAAGGUAAAUCACACACAAAUAUACAACAACACACGAACCUUCAUCCUCAGCCCCGAAAACCCCUAUUUCAUGCAAGGCCCCUCCAUCUCCGCAAUCGGCGGUCCCCAUCUCGGACCCGGCAAAAGUUGGCCCAUGGCCGCCAUCAUCCGCGCAAUCACAGCACUAGAAAUUGCAUCGCGAGCGGGAAAGAAUAUCUCGGAUAGAAAAGUGGAAGAAGAGGUAGCAGGGCAGAUAAUGAUGAUAUUGGAUAGUACGGGGGGCACGGGCGUCAUUCAUGAGAGUGUUAAUGCGUGGAAUGGGAAUGAUUGGACGAGAGCUUGGUUUGGGUGGGCGAAUGGACUUUUUGGGGAGUUGGUGGUGAGGAUUGGGAGGGAGGAGGGGAGGGUGAGGAGGGGGGGAGCGGGGUUGUUGGGGAGGAGUUGGCAGGUGAAGGGGGGUGGGUGA